UUUACCAUGCUUACCUAUAGUCAUAGGUCAGGUGGACUUUCUGAAAUUCUCUAGUUUCGUUUUGUAUACUUUUUUUUUCUUAAAAUCAUGGAUGCCUUAUUUAUCCUGUGGAAGGAUGUACUACAGCUGGAAAUUCAAUGCUUUUGCUUUUGUUUUGUUUUUUAGAUGGCAACAUUUUACCUGUAAAGGGGGAGUGUAGGUGUAAGCAAAAACUGGGAGGCUGAGUGUUUUAUUUUCAAGGUGGAUUAAGUGGUUAAUCCUCAAGGAAUGAAUUUAUGCUAACUUUGUUCUCUUUCAAGUGGCUUUAGGAUAUGCAUCUCUGAUCUGAGAAAUGCACCGGGAGUUUUCAAAGGAGAGGGUGUUGUGUAUUCAUGUGUGGGUUAAACGUUGCAAAGCCACGUAGCUUAUGGAUCUCCUCCAGCUGAUGGUUUUCUAAACUGUUUUGGAGGAAGUGAGUCUAUCUAUCCCCCAACAAAAUAGGCUUUUAGUGUCAUAAACUCAAAGUUGUGCCAGUUCCAUGGUAUGGACAGGGAGCUCUGAUUUAGGGCUGGAGCUUGUGGCCUCUGUGCCACCUGCCUGCCUGGCUGCUGAGGCAGGAGGUGUGUUUUUUUGUCAUGGAAGUGGCAGCACCUGUGUAACUAAUGGGAUAUUUGAAAUGUGAACACUCAGUUAGUAAGUCAUUUAAAAUAUCUCGUCUACUCCAUCUGCGUUGGUUGGUCUGUCUUUUCCUUGAGGCUAUAGAAAUCCUAUCCUAUUAAGGAAUAUGAAGUUUUCCUGUUUUUAACUUGAAAAUCACUGUGAAGUAACGUUUAUGACUUGUUGUCCUAGUAUAUACUGAUAGCAUUCUCUCUAUAUGGGGCACCUUUCAAAUAAAGGAAAAAAAAAAUACAGUUGCUUGAAAGAGUUUGCAUCUAAAGACAGAGGAGGGUCAGAGAAGAUGAAACAUCUUCUAUGCAGUGUAUUUUUUUGGGAGGGGUGGGGAGGAUUUAAGCUUAAUAUUAUGAAGAAAUGCUCUGAAUCGUGAGAGGAUGUCACAAUUUCCUUUGCACAGCAACCAGUCCUUUUUCAUCAGAGUCCAUCCUGUGCUCUGAACGAGUCAGAAGUCCUGUUGGCAAGGAAAAAGAAGUUAGAGGAUUAAAUAUCAGUGUGGAGGGGGUAGAAGGCUGAAGGGAAUAACUUCCUCAACACUGCACUGGUGAGGAGAGUAAACCAGGAACUAAAGGCACUGGAAUCAGCAGACAUAUCUAGAGAAAGUGGAGAAGGUAGAGAAUGGAGCUGCAGACUCUACAGGAGGCUCUGAAAGUGGAAAUUCAGGUUCACCAGAAACUGGUUGCCCAAAUGAAGCAAGAUCCACAGAUAUUUUUUCUUUCUAAUCAGAAUGCUGAUUUGAAGAAACAGCUUCAUGAACUUCAAGCCAAAAUCACAGCUCUGAGUGAGAAACAGAAAAGAGUAGUGGAACAGCUUCGGAAGAAUUUGAUAGUGAAGCAGGAACAGCCAGACAGUAAGUUUCAAAUACAGCCAUUGGCACAGUCAGAAAACAAACUACAGACGCCACAGCCACAACCACUACAACAAUUACAGCAACACCACCAUCAACAGCAGCAGCAGUCUACUGCACCCUCUCCAAACGUGAUUGGAUCACAGAAAACGGUAACUACAGCUUCUAUGAUCACCACUAAGACACUACCUCUCGUCCUGAAAGCAGCAACUGCGACCAUGCCUGCCUCUGUUGUGGGUCAGAGACCUACCAUUGCCAUGGUUACUGCUAUCAACAACAACCAGAAAGCAGUCCUCAGCACUGAUGCGCAGAAUGCACCGGUCAACCUCCAGACAACAAAUAAGGUCACUGGGCCAGGAGCUGAGACAGUCCAAAUAGUGGCGAAAAACACAGUCACUUUGCAGGUUCAGGCUACACCCCAGCCCAUAAAAGUGCCGCAGUUCAUCCCUCCUCCCAGACUCACUCCUCGUCCAAAUUUUCUUCCACAGGUUCGACCUAAGCCAGUUGCCCAAAAUAACAUUCCUAUUGCCCCAGCACCUCCUCCAAUGCUUGCAGCUCCUCAGCUUAUUCAGAGGCCUGUGAUGCUGACAACAAAGUUCACACCCACCUCUUUACCCAACUCUCAGAACUCCAUACAUCCAGUUCGUGUAGUUAACGGGCAGACAGCAACCAUAGCCAAAACUUUCCCUAUGGCACAGCUCACCAGCAUCGUGAUAGCAGCACCAGGUACCAGGCUUGCUGGACCUCAGACUGUACAGAUCAGCAAACCAAACGUUGAAAAACAGACUAUUAAACCACAUGUGGAAGCAGAAGAGAAGCAAACAGAAAGUCGUACAGUUACUCCACCUGCUGCACCGAAGCCAAAACGAGAAGAAAAUCCACAGAAACUUGCCUUCAUGGUGUCUUUAGGACUAGUUACUCAUGACCAUCUGGAAGAAAUCCAAAGUAAGCGACAAGAGAGGAAAAGAAGAACAACAGCAAAUCCAGUAUACAGUGGAGCUGUUUUUGAGCCUGAGCGCAAGAAGAGUGCAGUCACGUACCUGAACAGCACAAUGCAUCCUGGAACGCGUAAAAGAGCCAAUGAGGACCACUGGCCAAAGGGCGAUAUCCAUGAGGAUUUUUGCAGUGUUUGCAGAAAAAGUGGGCAGUUGCUGAUGUGUGACACAUGUUCACGUGUUUAUCACCUGGACUGUCUGGAUCCGCCUCUGAAAACCAUUCCCAAGGGCAUGUGGAUCUGUCCCAAAUGUCAAGACCAGAUGUUAAAGAAAGAAGAAGCAAUCCCGUGGCCAGGAACUUUAGCAAUUGUUCAUUCAUAUAUUGCGUAUAAAGCAGCAAAAGAAGAAGAAAAACAGAAACUACUUAAAUGGAGUUCAGAUUUAAAACAGGAAAGAGAACAACUAGAGCAGAAGGUCAAACAGCUCAGCAAUUCUAUAACAAAAUGCAUGGAAAUGAAGAAUACCAUCCUUGCAAAACAGAAGGAGAUGCACAGCUCCUUGGAGAAGGUAAAACAGCUGAUCCGCCUCAUCCAAGGCAUCGACCUUUCAAAACCCAUAAACUCUGAGGUCAAUUCAGUAGCCAUCUCCAAUGGCAUGGACUCCACUAACAAUACUAAUGCUGCCACCUCCACCUUAGCCCCCUCCCCUUCCCAGAGCUGCAUGGUGAACUGUAACAAGGGCGAUGAGACUAAAUAACACAGCGAAGCUCAGAAGGAGCCAGGGGAGGUGGCGGCGAGGAGGAGAAGCGAAAUAACAAAACUCUAGAAAAGCAAAACCGGAUUUCUUCUGGAAAGUGCAGAAUUCUUUAGUUCUUUGGUUCCAGAGAGAGCGUGAAGAUGCUUGUGCCAGGCGGCACCGGAGUUUGCCAAUUGAUCCUUCUUAUUCUGUGUGUACAUGCAAAGUUUGGAUCAUGAUACAUGAAUAGUGCCAGCUGGGGGUUCUUUGCCAGCACCAUGCCAAGUGAAAUAAUAUAUUUACUCUCUCUAUAUUUUACACCAGUGUGUGCCUGCAGCAGCCUCCACAGCCACUAUAGGUUUGUUUUAUUUUUGUUUGGGGUGAGGAGCAGGGAUAAGGGAGGAGAGCAGGUUUCAAAUCCUUAUUUGCAGAACAGUUUGUUUAGCUAGGGGAAAACAAAAACAAGUCCAAAGAGCCUGUGGGCUUUUCCUGUUUCUAAACUCUCAGUACUAUUAAACCAAAAAAAAAACAGAAAUAUAAAUUAUCAAAUCCCAGUGCCCAGAAGGGACAAGUCUAUCAAAUAAGCAGUAUUUACUAUUGUUUAGACAGGAGAUGUACAAAAGGAAAGGAGAUGGACUUUUCACUGAGUAACCAGCACAUGUACAGGCUGAAGAUCUACUUUCCCAACAGCUUUGGGUUAAACUGUACUUCUUCACAUCAGAGAAAUACAUGCUUUGCAGAACUGAUUCAAAUCUUCACACUCAUCCAGAAAGCCUAUGUUGGGAAUGGGAGAAUAGAGGGCCAGAAUCCAGGGUCAGCUUGGAGUGUUGGAUGGAGGUGUCCCAAGAGAAAAUGUGCAUCGAUUACUUGAAAAUGAGAUUCCAACCCUUUUCUAUAUUUAUAAACAACAAAACUGUCCUGAACAAAGUAGCACAUGACCCAGAUGUGUGAACUGAACAGAGAAAUGUCCUUUUCUUUCACUUCUUUUCUCUUCUUUUGGUAACAAGAACUAAAUAAGGAAUAGAAAAGCUGUUUUUCAGGCUGACAGUCUAAUUAAAGAGGUAGAUGGGACCUUGCAUGGUAUAGAUUAGAAGUAAUAGUGUCAGUGAGAUACAGUGAGUCUUUGUGAGUCCUUGUGUCAUCGUUUUGGGCACUGUUUUUUUAUGCAAGGGCAAAAUCUUUGUAUCUGGGGGUAAAAAAACAACUUUUUUAAAUUAAAAAGGAAAAUAAAAGAUAUUGAGGUCUUCCUAGUGUUACUUAAAAUAAGAUCAAGGUAAGAAACAUUGUAAAAAAAAAAAAAAAAAAAAUUACAAAAGUGCUAUUUGUUUCCUAAACAAGUGAUUUCUAUUAAAAAGGUGUCAGAACUGGAGAAAAUGCUGUGUACUUAGAAUUUUUUAACACAGACUUUGCUUAUUUAUGAUGACAUUCUGCUGUGUUUGUGUUUUAAGAUCCAACGGGACAGUUUCCCUAGAUUAUACCAUACAUGCUACUGGCUAAACCCUAAAGAGAAUCAAAUCCACAGUGCUGGAUCUCACCCCACCUGGAGGAUCUGCCUAGCUUGUCUCUGCUGUUACCGUAUCUUCCCCCUUCCUUGAUGUGUGCGUAACCCAGAGAAAAGCACUGGCAGUGUACUUGCUUAAGGCUUUAAUGCUUUUGUGAUACGGACUGAUUAGAGCUUGAGAAUGAAAGAGCGUUUGUUGGGCUGAAGUCACUUUCGUUAUAUCCUUUAUUUAAGAAGUUCAUCUCUUGCACAUAGCCUUUUCACUAUAGGUACCAAAGCUUUCCUCGUGCUCCUGUUGUGGUGGGGUCUGUCCCAGCGCAGAGUACUGACUCGUGUCACUUAGGGCUAUGUCACAGAGCUGCCCGCUUUCACUGCUGCAUGGAAAUAUUUGGGCAAACUCUGAUUCCACUGGAAGUGCUAGCAAAACUCCCGUUGCUCCCAGUGGGAGCAGAGCUGAGCUUCUCCGCAGGCAGUACGAGGCCAGGUCCCUGCUGUGGUGCCCUCCAGAGCGUGCAUUAGGCAGUCCUGCCCAGCCGCUGAUCCUUCUGGAACAGAGAAAGCCUUGCAUUUCGGGGCUGCAUUUCUGAGAAAGAAGUAGCAAAUGCUCCAGAUGCUACAUAGCCUGAAAGAGUCUCCUUGCUGCCACAGCCAAGCAUGCUUCUGCAGGAUUCUUGGCGCUGCUCUCUUCCCCUUCCUUUGCUCACCCUCCUGACCUUUAAGGACUUCUCCCAGGACUGUGUGCUAUUUUCAGAACUGAGCUCAGAGCUGAUAUCCUGAGUUCUCAUGUUUAUCCGUAGCUUGGGAAGAUGACUCUUAGGUGCACAUCCCAGCUAAACCUGUGAUCACCUCACGGUUUGGAUAUUUGCUAGCAGAGCUGUAGGAUCAAACCCAUCGAACUAAACAUGUUCUACUUGCAUCAACCCAAUUACCAGUUGAAGUCAUUACCAUCGAACAUCCUGGCCAGGUUCUUCUCUAGCUGGUUGCUUGGGUAACUCCCCUUCUUCUGAGCUGUGAAGUACAUUCCCAGUAAGAGACAGUAUCUUCAUGUUCUCAUGUUCUUCUUUCUGUGUUAUUUUCUGAGCUCUGCUGGGAGCACUGCACUCCUUGGAUGUAGUAAGCUGCUGGAAGACUUGAGAGUCCUUCUGUUUGCUUUGCUGUUUCAGGAAGGGAUGGGAAUGAAAUUCACUGGUAGCUGCAUUUAAAUCUGAGCAUAGUUACCCAGCCAGGAGAUGUCAAAACAGCUGUUACUGCUUUUUCAAGGCAUCUGCUUGUCUUUAGAAACUGAGUAGCUAAGUACAGACUUUUGUCUCCUUUUCUUCCAGCCUUGUGUUCCAGACUGUCAAAGGACACCUUUAGUUAAUCAUUGCUUGGCAGAGAAAUGACCUCAACUGUUCAGUGCUGCUGGGUAGUUUUUGCUCCCUGAUCCUGUUUGAGCACUUUCCUUCCUGGCUCUGCAGCACUAUCAGCCAACAGGCAAAGAUCAUUCCCAGGGCUGUGCUGACACUGGCAACAAUGUUGGUACAUAGGCACGAGUAAACUUUUGCCCAAUUAGCAGCAAUGAGGUUGAAGGGGAAAUGCUGUUUGCUAAAUACAGAGGGAAAUGUUCUGUUUUCUACCUGCUCUCAGAGUUUCCAACGAAGGGCAAAAUUCAAACUUUUUGACAAGUUUAAGUUCAAGCUUUUCUUUUGGAUUUGUUGGGUGUUGUGGUUUUGUUCUGUUUUGUUUUUCUCUCAUGCAACAUUUGAGACAGGCUGAGUUGGUAUUAGAACUUCUCUUCAAGAAGCUGUCCUAAUGACUGGCAUUUUGUAUUUCCAAACCACCAUAAAGGUAACAACUAAUUCUUAUGUCAUCGCUUGUCAUUAGUGGGAAAUAAGCGGCUUUUAAGUCUCACUUGUAAAGGAGAAGAAGAUGAGACCACAGAGGAAGCUCCUAUCAGAGAUGUUCCUGGCACUCAGCCUAGUGCUAAGGGCUUUCAGAAGUCAUCCUGCUGCUUUAACUGCUCAGAAAUAGAAUAAGAGUUGCAGAAACAGUUUUCCCCUUCUCCUCGCAAUCUGUUCUUUAAGCAGCUGGAAAAGUAUGGUGUGGUCAAAGCCUGAAAACGAGCAUGUGAUCUGGCCAGAAGAAUUAGUGCUACCAUUAGAUCCUCUUUAUCUUCGUUUAGUGCCAGCGGAACUUUUAGCGCUGUGCAAAAUGCGGUGAAGGCAAUCCUUCCAGGGGUGAGUGGUGCAGAUGGUUCUUCAUUAGCCAAGAGUCACCAUGGCAGUAGGAGGAACCAACAGUUUGCAUGAACAGAACAAAGAUUUUGUCCUUUAAACAAGUGAAUUUCUGUCAGUGGGGACAUGAGCUAAAAGACACCUGCUGAGAAAUUAAAGAGGUAAGAAUUUUACAGGCGCAGUGUUGGUUGUUUUGAUGGCAGAAAAAAUGGCCUGGUAUUUUAUCCCUCCCAACAGACCAGGCUUGAGAGAGCAAAUCUGUAUUCCAGCUGUCUAGGUGUAUAGACCCUAAUUCUGGCCUCCUUGGCUUCAAAAUCAUCAUCUUCCACGGACGGAUGCAGAGGCAGCCCCAAAAAGCAAUAUGGUCAACAUUGAAGUCUCCCUCUUGGUCGCACCAUGCUGUGGCAGCCCACAAUACAGGGAGUAAACUCUGACAUCUCCUUCUCCUGUGGAUGCAGUGGAAAAUACCUGUGACUUUGCAGUGCACAUUUCUCUUUCCUUUUGUUUCCCAGCUGAGUAGGGCCCCUGCCCUCUUUGCUUCUGAAGCACUGGUGACGAAUAUAUGUUUUUUAAUGCAAUGUGUUUUUAGAAGAUCAUAUUCAGAUGUCAAACCAGAUUCACUCUUUCACUGGGGGCUUCCCUCUGCCAGCUGCUCAGAUAACAACUCAAAUACUGAUAUUACACUUCCUGGUGGACCAUGCCCCUUUGGGCAGACUUUGUUGUGUCUUUUCAGAACUGUUCUGACCCUUCUUCACCUCCAUUUUGUCCUCCUUUGGGAUUCUGAAGAUCUGGGGCAAGGUCAGCCUUGCUGGGUUACUGCAGAGAGUUUUCUGAUAGACACAUUUGUAGAAACUCUGCUGAAGAGUCAGGAACCUGGAGAAAGACAACAGCACUGUGUCGUGCAGCUGAUUCAUUUGGCACUGAGGCUUGCCUGGCCAACAAACUACCUCAGCAAAGGCCAUUCCUGAGCACCGCGUGGAUUCUGUAGUUUCCAUUAUCCAGAAGGCAAAAUGUCUCCAAAGAAGCCUUGCAAGCAGCCAGCUAGGUGCCGGCCUCUGAAUGCGUGCGAGCGAGCCUUAUAGCAGCGCAUUAUCAAACAUUUGCUUUCAUUGAUCAGACCUGGGCCAGGGAAUGCCCUAAAAAUCAGGGGGAUCAGGAAAACACAAGAGCUGCAGACGUCUCCAGGUUAUUGCCGUCUUACUCAGAUCCUUCUUUGAGCCUCAGUCUUGUUUGUAACACCUACAGAAUGGAAUGUAAUACUUGAAAAUAUGACGCUCAUUAUCUUUUACCUUUAGCUCCCAUUUUCCCAAUGUUUAUCUUUCAUCUGGGACAAGAACUUUCUGCAUCGUUGUGUCUUGUAUAGGCUGAGCACAUAGUUGAAACUUGCCAAUAAAGAGAAUUAUUUAUACCA